AUGGAAACCCCGGGGCAACUUCAAUUAGUGGACUUAGAAAACAACUACUAUUUGGUAAAGUUCGAAGAUGAAAGAGACUAUGCCGAUGUCCUAACUGAUGGCUCAUGGACGAUAUCUGGAAACUAUCUAAUGAUUCAACCGUGGAGCAGAUCAUUCUCCACCACAGAAAAACAUCCAUCACAUGUAAUUGUAUGGAUUAGACUGCCUGGACUACCCUAUAGAUACUACUGCAAAGCCCUAUUCAGACGUACAGCCAUGAUUGUGGGCAAGGUAAUUAAAGUCGACUAUAACACUUUAGCAGGCGAGAGAGGCAGAUUCGCUCGGAUUCCGGUGAUGGUGGACCUCAACAAACCCCAGAAACCGUGUAUUGGCAUAGACAAUUUCGUCCAAAAAAUUGAAUAUGAAGGACUAUAUCAGAUUUGUUUUUCAUGUGGUAUCUAUGGGCACUCCAAAGAAAUUGUGUUACCUCAAACAUGGAGACGGAGGAUAAAAAUAAUUCAAGAGACCCGAAAUAAGCCACCACCACAAAAUGAUGUCACUCAGGAUCGGUUUGGUCCUUGGAUGGUAGUUCCAAGCAGACGACGCAAGGCAAACACCAAAAAUCCCGCAUCCAACUCGGGAGGAAACACUGAUGAUCAGACCAAAGGUUCUAGAUUCGAAAUUCUACGAGACGAGCAAACUGAAAAAACAUGGUAA